CUAUAUUAAAAUAAAGAAUAACCAUAGAUCGAUUGAAAUCAAAGGUGCAAAAUUUUAAUGCUUUGGGCAGGAAAAGGUUGGGGGCAGAAUUCCCUGAUUUCAAGAAGAGGUCCCAAGUAGUGCAAGACCCCUGCGAUUUGAAAAGCGCGAUCGCAGAAGCAAAAAGAGACAAUCGAGCCGUGUGGAGAGAUUCAGAGGGAGACUAACGGAAGAGGUGAGGCCGCUAGGAAUCGUCGACGGCGACACAUAUUCCGGAUUCUCCAAUCCGAUUCAGAGAUUAUCCUGGACUGGGGUUCUAUCUGCUCAGAGUGCCAUGAAUGAUCAGAAGGUUAAAGGAGAAGAAUUUUUACAAAAAGCCCAGAGGAGGCUCAGCGGUUGGUCUCUUUUCAGCAACAAAAACGAGGAUGCAGCUGAUUUAUUCGAUAAAGCUGCCAAUUCCUUCAAGCUCGCUAAGUCAUGGGCUGAAGCCGGGGGUGCAUAUGCCAAAUUGGCUGAAUGUCAUUUGAAGCUGGACAGUAAGCAUGAGGCCGCUAAUGCAUAUGCUGAGGCUGGUCACAACUACAAGAAAAUAGAUACUGAAGUGGCUGUAAAUUGUCUAAAAGAAGCAGUAGAGCUAUUUAAGGAAAUUGGGAGGUUGAGCAUGUGUGCGAGAUAUUGUAAGGAAAUUGCUGAAAUAUAUGAGCAAAAGCAAUACCUUGAAUUGGCCAACGAGCAAUAUGCAUUAGCAGCUGAUUAUUUUGAAAUGGAAGGUGUUUCAACAACUGCAAAUCAAUGCAAAACUAAAAUGGCUGAAUUUUCUGCUCACAUGAAAGAAUAUCCAAGGGCUAUUGAAAUAUAUGAGGGGAUAGCACGCUAUUCUGUUAAUAACAACUUGUUGAAAUAUGGAGUUAGAGGGCAUCUUCUUAAUGCUGGUAUUUGCCAGCUAUGUUUAGGUGAUAUUGUUGCAAUUAACAAUGCUUUAGAGAAAUACCAGGAGCUGGAUCCAACGUUCUCAGGGACGCGCGAGUACAAGCUACUAGUGGAUUUGGCUGUGGCAUUGGACGAGGAAGAUGUUGCAAAGUUCACUGAUGCUGUCAAGGAAUAUGAUAGCACGACCAAACUGGUAAAUUUGAAUAUACCGUGUCAACCUUACUCUAUUGUUGGAUGUGAUUUUGUCUAGUCAAAGUUUAUAAUUCCAGUAAAUUCUGUGGACGGAAUUUGGCAAACAAAUCUUUAGCUGCAGCAUAGUUAUAUUCCAGAUUGUUACCAGCUGGUAAAUUUGAAUCUACCAUUUCCACCAUUUUGUUUCAUGAUUUGUAGAUUAUGAUUACUCAGUUCGGAACAAAAUAACUAUGCCUUGUAGAACGAUGAGUUAAUCAUAGGAUAGCAAUAUGUUACACUGCAUGCUAUCUAGAGACGGUUUACUACAACUCAUGAUUUUCUUGGACAAUGAUUAAUUGGGAUUUGUCCAGGAACGAACUCAACCACAAGCUCAAGCUUGUGGUUGUGGCCCAGGAAAGGUUUUUAUACUCUAACACGGCUCCUCAUGUGUAGGCGUGGCUACUUUGAGCCUUGCACGUGAAAACUUAAUUUUUAAAAAACUGAACUCGUGACUUCUUGGUGAUCCUGGCUUUAAAGUUUCAACCACAUGCUCAAGCUUGUGGGUUGUGUGGCUCAGGAAAGUCAAAUAUCGUAAUGCACAUGGAAAGAUAAUUUUUAGACGGAGGGAGUAGUUUUUUUACUUGUCAUUCUUUGAAUGUUUGGCAUGUGUUGUUACUCUCUCUAUCCUUGAACUCUCUUUCUUUUCCUGUUACUGAAAUUCCACACAGUUUACUUUUAUGGGAACCUAUAUGUUCAUUAUUUUUCUAUAUAUGUUCUGAGUAAUAACGCCCCGACUCUGUUGCCCAGGGCAUAACAUUUGUGAAUGAAUUACUUUAGAGUUUUGCAAAACAUACAUAUUUGACAAUACAUGUGGUAUUUGAACUACAUGAUCGCUCCUUUGUGUUGGAGUAAGAUUUACUCUUU